AUGAGAUUAACAAACAUUAUAUUAUCAUCAAUUGCUUUAGCAAUUUAUGGUUCUGCAUUACCAAUUCCAAUUCCAGGAUCAGAAGCAACAGACAAUAUUGAAGUACCAUCAAACUUGUUGAAUAAAACUUUUAAUAUUAUCUUACCAGUUGAAAAAUCAAAUACACCAGGUCCAUAUCCAAAUCCAAAUCCAAAUCCAUCAAACUUAUUGAAUAAUACUUUUAAUAUUAAGUUACCUCAAGAUGUUUCUAAAAAACCAGUUUCAAAUACCGCUGAUGUUGAGUUUCCAAAGAACUUGUUGAAUAACACUUUUAAUAUUAAAUUACCAACAGAAAAGCAAGACAUUGAGAUACCAAAAAAUCUUUUGAAUCAAACGUUUAAUAUUAAAUUACCAGUUGAUACACAAGGGUCAUCAGAAUCAGAAUCAGAUGAACAUCCUUCAAACUUAUUAAACACCACUUUCAACGUUGAUAUUUCUUCAGAAAAUCCGCCUAAUCUAUUUAACAAGACUUUUAAUAUCAAAUUACCAACAAUACCGAUUGAUAACCAUGAAGCUUUAGACAUUGGAGCCAAUGGCAUAUAUGACCAGCAUACUAUUUAUGCUUUUUAUGACCUUCGAGAUGUUGGAUUGAUCGAAAAUGAUUCUUCAUAUGAUAUUUCAAGCUUGAAAGCUGCAAAUGAAACUGGAUUAUCAAUUAUUCAACAGGCGUUAGCUUCUGAUAGUUAUGCAUAUGGAAAAGUUCGUGCCGCUGAUGCCCAUACAAGCCCAUCCAUUAUUAAAAUUGCUCUUUUAAAUGAUCAAAAUGAUUAUUUAGUUGUCAAUGAUGGAAUAUCUAACCAAGAGAAUAAUGAUGAGGGAACUCCUUCAAUUUUAUCAUCUGAUGGAUUGAGUAUAAAAGAUAAAUUGUUGAAUACUGAAGGUUGGUCAAGAGUUGAAAUACCCGAAGUUGAUAGUUAUGUUCAUGCCACUUACUUGGUUGUGUACAAUCCUACACAACAUGAAAUUGAUAGUGUCCUUGAGCAUGUCACUAUACCAUACGUUGAUAACCCUUGA